UAUCAUUGAUAACAUCGAUGACUGAUAUAUUUACUACCUAGGUACUCCUUUGGUUUUAGUACUUGCUGAAUUGUGAGCCAAAAUGUUGUGUAUAUAUUUUAUAUUAAUCUUAUUUGGCCUGUCACUAGCACAGGACUAUUCAGAAGAGCUUCAAAUCGUUGACUUGACCAAAUUAAAUGACACUCUAUCAACUAACCACAGGAUUAUUGGAGGACAACCAGUUAAUAUAGAUAAAUAUCCAUAUACAGUGCAGGUUCUUCUGAACCGUGGUUUAACAUGCGGCGGUUCACUUCUCUCCACUUUACAUGUUCUCACUUCGGCCCACUGCUUUUUUGCUCAAAAUGGUCAAAUGGUGAGACCUUCGCAGUUGAGUGUCCGAGUAGGGUCUACAAUGCAAGGUUCAGGUGGAACCGUAGUGAGUGUAUCCAAAUUUGUUAUUCACGAAAAUUAUAAUAUACCAAUACGGAAUAACGACAUUGGAAUAUUGUUUCUAUCUCGACGUGUGAAGCUAAGCAAUCAAAUCGCUCUGGCCUUUAUUCCUCAGCAAGGGAAUAUGGUGCCAGAUAGAGCUCCUGUUACAUAUGUUGGAUGGGGAUAUACUAAUGUAAAUACGCCAGUCGGAUCAACAGUUCUAAACGAAGUGCAUGUACAAAAUAUCAACCUGACGAUUUGCUCCAUAAGGUACAAUGAGCUGAGUCAAUUGACCGGACAGACUUACAUAGUCACCAACGAAAUGAUUUGCGCAGGAAUCCUUGAUGUUGGACAAAAAGACGCGUGCCAGGGCGAUAGCGGAGGCCCCGUAAUAUACAAUGGUCUUGUAGUGGGCGUAACAUCAUGGGGAUACAGUUGUGGGCACCCAACUUACCCAGGUGUUAACUCCAGGGUUUCUAGCUACACAACAUGGAUUACCCGAACGAUGAGAGGAUCAGCAAUAACCAGUGCCAGUUCAUUAAAAAUGAUCAUCGUAUUUGUAUUAUGUAGUAUAUUAUACAGUUAUUAAAGAGAUAUUACACGUUAAUGUUAAAAAUAUGUACAAAUUUAUUUAUUAAUAUCUCAGAAAAUAUAUAAAUAAAACACAAGUUUCGGAUAUCACAUAUGAAUAUAAUUAACGAGUAAUGAUAUAGAUAUAGUAUGGUACAGAAUAAAUAUAAGGUACAGGUGACCGCGUCACGACGCCGCGCGCCCACGCACUGACAGCAACACUACUUGACGACACAGCACUGAAACAUACAACUAACAUUAAUAUAUGUAGCACAAAGCUUUAUAUGCGUUCAAAUAAAACUUCCUAAAUACAUAAACGCGGAUCAUUAUUUUCAUAACAAUUUUUUGUUUAUGGUUUAGAUUGCUGCAAAACACUCCAAAUCUCCUCUCCACUCCAAAAGUUUAUAAUCUAAGAGCUUUCGAUAAAACAGUAAUGUAAUAAAAUAAUUUAUAUAAUGUUGUCCGGAAGAAACCACCAUUUAUUUUACCUGUUAAUGUAUUAUUUGUGAUGUAAAUAAAGUUAUUAUAAUUCGA